AUGUCCCUCGCGAUUGGUGGAGAUCUGGUACUCUCUCUAGUCUCCGCGCUGCGAUUGGUUCUUCCCUCUCUCCAUCAAAGCGCCCUGCCCUCGCCCUCUCCGAUUGGCCACCUCUCCGCGCGCCCCGCGCUCCGAUUGGCUGCGGCGCCGGCCCCGCCCCCCCGCGGCGGGGCCCCGGAAGCGUCCGGCGCUCAGUCGGGCGGCGGCGGCCGCGGCGAGCGGAGCUCCGCGCCCACCAUGGCCGCGGGGGCCGCCACGGCUGCGCUGCCGCCGCCGCUCCUGGGCCGCCCGCCCGGCGGAGGCGGCACCGAGCGCGCCCUGGAGGAAGCGGCGGCCUCCGGCACCCUCAGCCUGGCCGGGCGGAGGCUCCGCGCCUUUCCCGCGGCGGCCGCGCGGCGCUGGGACCUGAGCGACACCACGCAGGCCGACCUGUCCCGGAACCGUUUCGGGGAGAUCCCCGAGGCCGCCUGUCACCUCUUCUCCCUGGAGGGGCUCAGCCUGUACCACAACUGCCUGCGCAGCGUCCCCCCGGCCAUCGCCAACCUCCAGGCCCUGUCCCACCUGGACCUCAGCCGGAACCAGCUGAGCUCGCUGCCCUCCUGCCUGUGCCUCCUGCCCCUGCGCGUCCUCAACGCCAGCAACAACCGCCUGGCGCAGCUGCCCCCGAACCUGGGGGCCCUGCGGACGCUGCGGCAGCUGGACGUCGGGUGUAACCGGCUGCGGGCGCUGCCCCCCGGGCUGGGGCAGCUGCGGGCGCUGCGGGACCUCAACCUCCGGCGGAACCAGCUCACGGCGCUGCCCCCGGAGCUCUCAGAGCUGCCCCUGGUCCGCCUGGAUUUCUCCUGUAACCGGGUGGUCGCGAUUCCUCGCUGCUUCCGGAGGCUCCGGCACCUCCAGACCCUCCUGGCCGACAACAACCCCCUGCAGUUCCCCCCCGCCCAGGUUUGCCUGAAGGGCAAAGUUCACAUCUUCAAGUACCUGCACUUGGAGGCCGAGGCCGCCGCCCACCCUCCCCCGGCGUGCCCCCCGGACGAGCUGUGCCCCCUCCGGCAGCGGGGAGGGCUCGACUCCGGCUUCCACAGCGUCGACAGCGGCAGCAAACGCUGGUCAGGGAACGAGUCCACGGAUGAGUUUUCGGAGCCGCCCCACCAGCUCAGGGAGAGUCGCAGCAGGGCAGCUGGUGACAGCGACCCAGAGCUGGUCGAGGAGGAGCCCCCGCCCAAGGAGCAGCAGGGCCGGACCCCGAGAGGUGACACCCCCGAGAGUGGCAGGGUGGUCCCCGUGUCCCGGCGGCGCCCCCAGAACCUGGAGGUGUGGAGGGAGAGGGAGAGGAGCCGGGACAGGUACGGGGUGAUCCGAGUUGGGAAUUUGGGACUGGGGAGCGAGGCCCCGCCCCCAGCGCAGACCCGGCGCUCUCAUUGGCUGGGGGGGUGA